GGGCAGCUCCGCAGGAGGGACGCGUUUGAUCCCCGGCUCCGGCCCUCACUCAGACCCUGGGAUCCCCGCGCCGCCCGAGUCUGCGGACUCUGUAGAGCCUUAACGCCAGAGCCCCUUUCCCAGCGCUUCCCCGGCGGGGAGAGCCGGCCCGGCCGGCACUGCUGGGCCGCGCCGUCUCGGCCGGGAGCUCCCGGGGCUGUCCGGGCCCGCACGGAAGGGGCGGCGGCCCCGGCGAUGGCGGACGAGGCGCUGUUCCUGCUGCUGCACAGCGAGAUGGUGGCGGGGCUGUACCGCGCCGCCGAGCAGGGCGAAGGGGUGACGGCCGGGGCUGACGCUGCGGCCGCGGCGCCUUGUGUCUUGCAGGAGAACGGGCGCUGCACCACCAAGCUGGAGAGCAUGGGCUUCCGCGUCGGGCAGGGGCUCAUCGAGAGGUUUACAAAAGACACUGCCAGGUUCAAGGAUGAAUUAGACAUUAUGAAGUUCAUUUGCAAAGAUUUUUGGACAACGGUAUUCAAAAAACAAAUAGAUAACCUAAGGACUAAUCACCAGGGUAUUUAUGUCCUUCAAGACAAUAAAUUUCGUCUGUUGACACAAAUGUCUGCAGGAAAGCAGUAUUUAGAACAUGCACCAAAGUAUUUAGCAUUCACCUGUGGACUAAUCAGAGGAGGCCUAUCAAAUCUGGGAAUAAAGAGUAUUGUAACAGCUGAAGUUUCAUCAAUGCCUGCAUGUAAAUUUCAGGUCAUGAUACAGAAGAUGUAGAGCACAUUAAAAUCUGGAUAUCUACUUUAAAAAGCCUUUGUAUGUGGAUUCAGUAUCUUGGGUCAGUCUUGUAUAUAAUAUGUAAAUUAUAGCAGUGUGCAGCACAAUUCCAAAAUAAAUAAUAAAUGCUAAUCAAAAUAGCA